AUGAGCACGCAAAAUGUUAACACAUAUGAAAUCAACGCUAUAUCAGGAGUGAAUGCAAUCCAAUUACCGGAUGUGAUGGCAGGCGUCCACACGAAGACACUCCGGACACCGCUGUUGUGUCGCGAUAUGAAUGCCAACACAACUGGUGGUCAUAUUAUUGCCACCGAUGCUAUCAAAACCAAUAGAGAUAUCAUUGAAUCCAAUGUCUUCAUUGACUCGAGUGUUAAACCCAACACUUAUCCAAUACUUUCCGAAAAUAUGACACAAGAAAUGGAUAAACCGUUGACAACACCGCAAUCGAUCAGUGAUAUAACCGACGGCACGGACUCUAAUUACACGGCAGUCAACGCGCCGGCCGUCCAAUUAAUGGCCCGGACUUUUGCCGACCAGCCGUUGACUUCCGGUUCCACGGCUUGCGAGACAGAAAACGGAUCGAACUUGAGUUCGGUCGAGCGUACGACCGAUUUGGUGGACAAUAUUAGCCGCGAAUAUGACCGGCGGGUAUCAGAAGUGGUGAAACAAAGUUAUCGGUUUUCGCACGCGGGCUUCCUUCAGUUCCCAUCGAGACAUCUUUGUAAACACAGGACUAGUACUCACCCGCAAUGUCCGCCACAGAGUUGGACCGAUUUUUGCAAAGAUAUUAGACCGGAGUUUCACUACAUGAGUGCAGCGAUGCGGCGGUCGUGCGGCCAUAGCGUUGAGAUCAAUUGCCAGUGUCUGCCAUCACCACCACAACAGACAUUCAGUCUUCCAGUACACGAUAUAACGCCGGUGUCAGUACGAGUCGAGCGGAAUAGGGGGUCAGACACUGGCCAACGGCCGCGUAUAGUUCGCUCGGCUUUCGAUCGCGGCCUCGACUACCGGUGUUCGUGGCCGGGCUGUGACCGCGCCUUUCAAACUGAGUGGGGAAUUCGUAAACACUAUGAGACCACUCACGCGGCCGACCGGUUGCCGGUGUAUGCGUGUCAUUGGCCCGGAUGUGCGUUUAAGACCAAUGAUAAGCAUGGGUUAGUCGAGCACAUCGUCGAAUCACACAAUAAGAUAAUCGGUGCAAAGACACGAUCACCUGAAGAAUGUCUAUUGCCCAGCGAUUUCUAUGGCCAACAGUUGUCCACUCCCGACGAUAUCAUUGAACCCAAUCUCGUCAUCGACUUUAAUGAUAGCCAAAGUAAUGAUCCAAGCGCUGAUCCAUUAGUUUCCGAUAAUGGCGCCGAAGACGAUAGGCCGUCGCCGACAAUCACCUCUCAAGACACGGCACCGGCAACUGAUCCCGAAGUGUAUCGAUGCCUGGAGUGUCACAAAUCAUUCCUCACCAGAAGAGGCUUAGAAGUACACAACGGUAUGCGUCACGCGAUCGCACGAAAUGGUCGGCUCAAGAAGUAUAGAUGUUAUCGCGCGGACUGUAGGCGUCGGGUCGUAUCGCUGGACAAACUAUACGACCACACGAUCAAUGAUCACGCCCGUACUAUUGGUGCCAAUUUUUUGGACAAGGACUUCGGUCCCAACAACACCGCCAACAGUGGCCGCCAUAUAUCGCACGAUAAGAUAAUCGGCAAAAAGACGCGGUCACCCGAAGAGUGUCUGUCGCCCUGCGAUAUGAAUGGCCAACAGUUGGCUACCGAUCACGACGACGACUACGACUGCGGCGAUACCAUUGAACCCAAUCUCGUCAUUGACUUGAAUCCCACCGAAAGUGUUAAACAAAACACUCAUUCAAUAGUUUCCGCAGACAAUCGCAUCGAUGAGACACAAGUGAUGGCCAUUGAGUCGACACAAGAGAUCAUUGAUAUACUCGACAGCGACGACACUGAAGACACCAGCGAUACAAUGGACAGCCAAUCAGGUGUCGCGGUUCACAAGCAAACCUCUGAUAACAGUUCCCACAAUCCGUUAAUAUACUCUCAGUCGAGGAAUAACAUGGGCUACACAUUGACCUCAUCUCAAAAUACGUCUCCCUCGCGAUGGGUUUCAAGCGCUGUUCACUACCAGUUGUCCACCGGUUCCCGAGCGCCGGUCGGCUCAGUCCCAUCAGCCGCUGUCCGCGUUUGUCCGAUCCAUUCGUGCGGUCUAUGCUUUUACAACAUGUAUCAGCUCCGGGCGCACGUCAAUGGCCAACACCCGGAAGCGGUAGCGUUGCUCUCAUUGUUACCGAAACGGUUCCCGUGUCCGGCCGUCGGAUGCGGCAAAUUGUUUGCAUCCAAACAGUAUCUAAACGUACACAUCGGGACGGCUCACACGGGACUAACUGUGGCCCUCUCGAAGCCAUACUCGUGUCCGGUGCGCGAGUGCCGCAGCAGAGGUUACUCAUCGCUGACAAGCCUUAAGCAACACAUCAAGAAGUGUCACACACCGUCAUCGGCGGUGCAUUCCAUGAUAACGUUAAAAUUAUAUGCCGUUGUUGUGACAAAACCAAUGAAACAAAGGAUUAUUAUAAGAGAUCUGAUGAAUGUGUCGCUCGAAGACAAUAAAAAACUUCGCAAAGAAAUUGAAAUAUUUCACGAAUUGAUUAAAUUUAAUAAAAUGUAUCACACGUUGAAAGUCAUGGAAAAUGUGGACACAAUUAAUAUCAACGUCAACUCAGCGAUGUCUGAGACAAUUGUGAUCCACGACCUGUUGGAUGAGUUGCGCGAACUCAACGAAAUACUCCGCAAAAAGUUGUCAUUUAAGAGACAAUUAAAUGAAAUGUUAGAAAAUAUGAAACAAAAAUCAUUGAAAAAUUAUCACUCAUUGAAAAAAACACAAAACUCUAAUAACAAACAAAUCAAUACUAAAUCAGGAGUGAAUGCAAAACGGUUUUGGCAACUCUUAAGACACAAAUUACCGCAUCUGAUGGCAGGCGUCCACACGAAGACACACCGGAGACCACUGCUGUCCCCCAAUGUGAAUGACAUCACAACUGGUCAUACCUUUACCGCCGGUAAUCAUAUGAUGGCCACCGAUGCUAUCAAAACCACUAGCGAUAUCAUUGAACCCAAUAUCGUGUCCAUUGACUUAAAUCCCACCGAAAGUGUUAAACAAAACUCAUAUCCAAUUAUUAUCGCAGACAAUGGCCUCGAAGUCCUGCCACCGAUCGGUGACGACGGGACACAAGCGGCGGAUAAUCAGUUCAAAACCAAACAAGAGAUUAUUGAUAUACUGGACGACAGCGACAGCGAAGAUACGGCCGCAACACCAGUCACUUCAACGGUUCCAACGGCUACUGUCCACCACUACGCGAGUGUUAAUCAAACAGCAGAUAUCUGUUUACAGACACACAACGGUAUGUCUUACCGGAAACCUAUGGAUCAGUUGCACGCGUCCGGUGAUCAACAAUCGACGGCUCAGAUGGCCGGACACAUCACCGCUGGUUUUGUAAAGGACUUGACGCUAAUACCAGUCGUACAUAACGGCAGUGAAAGCAACGACAACGGCACCAAAAACAGGUCUCUAAUGAGCGGAAUUAAUGAGACACAAGUGGUGGACAAUGAGACCACACAAGAGAUUAUUGAUUUGCUCGACAGUGACAACGACUGCAUUGAAGACACCACUGAUAUAUCGUCGACAGCACAGCCGGUGUUGUCCAGCAUUGUCUGUCCGGUGAACGCAUGCGGCAAACGAUACCCAAAUCAGUACCACUUUAAGAACCACGUGAUGGCCGCACACCCGGGACUAAACGUGCCGCUGUCCGCACGCGUUAAGCCCUAUCCCUCUCCGCGUAUCGAUUGCUUCAAAAGCUAUCAAUCGGUUCAGUCACUGCAGCAACACAUCCAGACUUACCACCGAUUGUCUACAGCGCCGGCGACGACGACAACAACUUUUGAAUUAGCCACUAAUCCACGGAAUCCGCCGCUGACGAUUACAGGUGAAAACACUGUACCGGCAACUGAUCCCGAAGUCUAUCAAUGCCUGGAGUGUCACAAAUCAUUCCUCACCAGAAAAGGCUUACAAACGCACAACGGUUUGCGUCACACGAAGUCACGGAAUGAUCGGUUCAAU